CUCGCACAUUUUGGCAUUUCGAAAUGUUUUACACCACCCUGGGCGUUUCCGAAGACAGCUUCCAGUUUUCGGGUCCAUUUUGGGUUGAGCAGGCGAAACCGGGGCGACAGUUCAACGGCGGAGGACGACAGCAAUCUCCAACUCGCAACGCUUCUCAAAUACCACCCUUGGCUGAAGGAAAUAGAUCUCCCAAUAUUCGCGAACCCGGUCGGUUGGUGUGCCGAAGGGGCAACUCUCGCUCUGAGUCUCAGCACAUUACCUACCGAGGAGGACAAGCCGGUCGAGAUCUUAUGCUGGGCAUGGAGUUUUCAAUCGUUCAUCGAACCCAGAACCCUUGUGCCACCGGAACAUCAGCCACCAUGCACGACCUGCAAAGGUGUGAUGGGCGGGAUCAGUGCGCGACACCCUUGCACCUCCUUGUGGAUCGAAGACAAGGGCAGUUUGACUCGCUUCCGAAGCUUAUACCUUUGGGCAACAUCGAGAAUGCGAUCAAUCGCGGACUUGAACGACUGGGCUCAGAGCUGGUCGAGUUAUCAAACCCCUUCACCAACGAGCACAGUCAGGGAGAACUGAGUCAGCUCCGAAUGCGGGAGAUGCGCCCGGCAUUCAAAAAUAUCAUCGCCAUUUUUGGCGAGUAUCAGCGAAAAGACCGACGUUAUGUGCUGGCGCUGGAUGCAAAGUAUGGCCUGGUGCAGCUUCACCUUCCGACCGGCGCUUGUUCAGUUGUCUCCGCAUCGGUUGAAUUGGACGAUAUCGUGGACACUCUUGCAUCACGAAGCGCAACGUACAUCGGCACUACAAACACCGAAGCUUCGGUUGAAGAGAAAUGGGCAUCAAAGAUGGACAACACGGAUAUAUUUGAAAGUGAUAUGUUUAGCGACGAGGUCGUCGAUUUGUGAUGAAUUUCGUCCUUUUGUGUCAAGCUUUUGGAGUACGUCUGGAUUGUGGCCAGAACGAGCUGGUCUUUGUUGCACAGCUGAUAGAGGUGCAGGUGGACAGUGUCUGCCUUGUAAUGAACAAGACUCGGCGCCACUUUGUUAAGCCAUUGCGGGGACGCCUCAAGUCAAGGUGUGCCUUGGCAGCUUGCCUGGCUGCAGCAAGCUGCGAAUGGUAGGCAUAUUGGAGCAAGGGACAAUGGCUUCAACCGACCUUAUU